GUCAGAGCGUCGUACGUCGCCUCUUACUCGAUGUGAAACUGCCAUUGAGACACAAUUCUUCCGUUGAAUACCCAGGCUGCUUUGCGCUGCUAUUUCUCGUCCUCGUUCAUCGCCAUCGUGGUCCGACGUGAAGUAGUGUGUGAGGUUGGUUUACCUCAUUGCGGUGUUACUUGCGCCUGUGAAUAGCUCUAAGUUUCGUUUCAAGCCGCACAAAUGAAGAUGGUGGAUAAGAUAGAGAUGAGUCUGGAUGACAUUAUUAAGCAAACUAAAGGCGCUCGAGCACGGGGCGGCGGCGGUGGUAGACGCGGCAGAGGCGCCGGCAGUUCCGCUCGUCGUGGAACACGCAGGACCCCGAGAACUGGCGGAGGUGUCAUGCGAGGACGUAAUCGCGGCGGUAUCACGCGCGCUUCUCUACCGUACACAAGAGGUGAUGUAAACAGCGCAUGGAAACAUGAUAUGUUUGAUGGAGUAAAAAAAGUUGGUCGUGGUGCAAUAGGCAAUGUAGGAACGACUAAACUGUUGGUAUCAAACCUUGAUUUUGGCGUGUCAGAUUCAGAUAUACAGGAAUUAUUCAGCGAGUUUGGACCUUUAAAGUCAGCAGCAGUACAUUAUGAUAGGUCAGGUCGAUCUCUAGGGUCAGCAGAUGUCAUAUUUGAGAGACGGGCUGAUGCUAUCAAAGCAAUGAAACAAUAUCAUGGAGUACCACUAGAUGGUCGUGAAAUGAAUAUACAGGUUGCUACAAGUGAGUUGCCAAUUACUUCUCUUCGCAGUGGCCCAAGACUUAGCGGUGCUAAUUACACACAGAGACCUCAGACUCGUUUUAGAGGAAAUCGUGGGGCAGGAUCUAUUAGAGGUCGUGGUAGUGGUCGUCGAGGAGGUCGAGGAAGUGCUCGGCAAGUGACGAAAACGCCUACUGCCGAAGAAUUAGAUGCAGAACUGGAAGCUUAUGUGAAGGAAGUAAAGUAACAAUACCAUAAAAUUCUUCAAUCUCAA